AUGGACAUCUACGAUCCCGGUUUGAUGGCCGCAAACGGCCGCGCCGAUGGCACAGCGACGCCGACAGGCAACUCGUCCGCCAACAAGACAGAGCUCGAUCAGAACGUGGAAAAGCUCGUGGGAAACAUCUCAAACUGGUGGACCGGCUUCGCCAAGAAGUCGCAAGACUCCAUCACACAGGCCAGAAAGGAGAUGGAAACACGAGGAGGCAUAGUCAAUUACGCCAAAAGCGAGUAUGCCAAGCUGGAGUCUUCGAUCGGCGAUGCUCAGAAGAAGGCACGCGAACAGAGUCAGCAGCCACAAGAAGUGAAACAGGGUGAUGGCGAUACUCCAGCUGAAGGAGACGCAUCUCCUCGUUCAGAGGUCAGCAAGGGCAAGCAAAGGGCCGUCGAUGACCAAGAUCCCACGCUUCGCGAGGCAGCUGGCCCUACCCUUGGCGCUUCGGUCUCGUCACUCUUUUCCAAACUCACUUCCGAUCCAAGGCUCGUCCAGCUCCAACACUCGUUGACGUCCACGUUGCAGUCUGUAUCGUCUCCAACAGCAGACUCAAAGGAGCUCGGCGACGGCGCUGACAAGGCGUCUGCGACUGCAACGCCGGGUCCGAAGAAUUUGCAAGAGUCGCUCUCAAGGCUCUCAUUGACCAUCCAGUCGCAUCUUCCACAUCUCGAUCUCAAGGAGUCCCAGCAGCUCGCGUCACGCUACAUGCAGGCCACAGAGAGCUUUGCGCGAGAGGUACAGUCGGAUAUGAAAGAGUUUGUCGGCGAGCUGGUCCGCAUCGUUCCGCCAGAGGAAGAAGAUAAGGAAUCGCGAUCAUCGGUAGUCCAAGAGGAGGCGGGCGUCUCAGAGAAGACGGCUACACCAGCGAAGAUGAUCGCCCACAUGCAACAGAACACUAACGCUCCCGUUGCAGCCACAGAGUCAUCAGCGCCGCAAGCUGAAGCAGCCGCCACCGAAGAAGAAGAUUUUGCAUGGGAUGAAGACGACGACGAAGUCGCGGCCGCAGGUACCGAAAAUGCUUCGGCCGCCGUCGCGACAAAGGAACAGCCAGUCGAGCCGCUUGCCGCUGCCACGCAUACCGAGUCAGCUAAGACAAAGGCUGACGAGUCCGAGGAGGAUUCUGACUGGGAAUGA